AUGCCACCAGCUGUCGAACCCCCCACCAUCGCCCGCAUUGUGGUGACCGAUGAGGAAUGGGCAUCCGGUAGACUCUCCAAGUCCAACAUUGAAAAGGGCGUUGUCGCACUCGCUGAGGACGGUGUUGUUAUCCUUGAAAACGCCAUCCCCGACUCUGUCAUUGACCCUCUCAACAAGCGCAUGACAGCAGACGCUAAAUACCUCCGCUCCGCCCCAGGAACGCAAUUCAACUACGAUACCAAAGCCCAAAACAUUCUCCAGCACAUGCCGGCCUCCCCCGAAUAUAUCUUCCCGGUAAUCCAAACCAACCCUUUCGCUCUCGCCAUCUGCAAGGCCGUUCUAGGACCCAAGCCAGUGCUGAGAUACCACAAGGCCAAUACAAACUUCCCCGGCGAGAGCCGGCAGCCGGUACACGGCGACGUGCACUACGAGCACCCGCGGGUGUGCUUUGCACUGGCGGUCAACGCAGCGUUGAUCGACUGCGGUCCCGAGAACGGAUCGACCGAGCUGUGGCCCGGGACGCACCUGAAGACUUGUUUCAAGGAUCAAAAUGGAAUGAAGGGAAUUUUCCCUCAUCUACUAGAGGAGAGGACGAAUAGCUUCGGCGGGCCGGUGCAGCCGAGUAUCAAGAAGGGUGGACUACUAAUCCGGGACAUGAGGCUGUGGCAUGCGGGGAUGCCGAACCGGACGAAGGAGGAGGUUCGCGUCAUGCUAAAUCUGAUUUAUUUUGCAGAUUGGUACCGGAAUGUGAUGAAGAUUAAGUUCCCGCGGGCAUCUGAGGAGAAGAUUCAACAGUUGGAGAGAGAGGGAGAAAUUGAGGUUGCAGCCGAGUACCUGGAUGAAGUAGAUCAUUUGACCUUGCGCCAUACCCAUGAUUUUGCACAGGAUGAUAAGAGAGAGGAGUGGGGGAGGAAUAGGGAGUAA